CUGCUGCCCCUGUUGUUUUGAGGGGAAAAUGCGAGGCCCUUGAUCUAAAGAACUGGUUGGACGACGCGCGCUGUCGGUCCGGUUGUCAGUGCACUGGUUCCAGGUUCCCCAGUCGCGGGGACGGGCAGUGCCUGGAGGGCAGCUCGCCCGAUUUGGUAGGUGAAACGUAGCUUCAACGGAGCCGGGGACCACUGUAACCGAAGAGAAUCAUAGUGUCUCAUCAACUGUCCUUUUCCUUCUCUCUUUCCUCCUCCUCCUCUUCCAUCUUCUUUUCCACCAAUUCUUUGACUUGGGUCAGGUCAUUGUCUUUUUCCAUCUCAACCCAAAAACUAUCGUGAACCGUCAAGAUGUUCAGCUUGCGGCGACUCCUCCUCGCCGCCACGCUGUUCCUCGGCGCGAUGCUGCUCUUUGCGCAGUCCGCCGAGGCAGCCAAGGGCCCCAAGAUCACCCACAAGGUCUACUUCGACAUUGAGCAGGGCGACAAGCCCCUCGGCCGCAUCGUUAUGGGUCUCUAUGGCAAGACCGUCCCCAAGACCGCUGAAAACUUCCGCGCUCUUGCCACUGGCGAGAAGGGCUUCGGUUAUGAGGGCUCUACCUUCCACCGUGUUAUCAAGCAGUUCAUGAUCCAGGGUGGUGACUUCACCAAGGGCGAUGGCACCGGUGGCAAGUCCAUCUAUGGUGACAAGUUCCCCGAUGAGAACUUCAAGCUCAAGCACUCCAAGAAGGGUCUCCUCUCAAUGGCCAACGCUGGCAAGGAUACCAACGGCUCCCAGUUCUUCAUUACCACUGUCAUCACCUCUUGGCUCGAUGGCAAGCACGUCGUCUUCGGCGAGGUCCUCGAGGGCUACGAUGUCGUCGAGAAGAUUGAGAACACCAAGACCGGUCCUCGCGAUGCUCCUGCUGAGCCUAUCAAGAUCGCCAAGAGUGGCGAGCUUGAGGUUCCCCCUGAAGGUAUCCAUGUGGAGCUUUAAAAAGCGUCUUCUAUCCAUCCUUGCGAAUCCCCAUUUCCCCACCGUUAACUGUUCAUAAACCUGUGUGGGAAAAGUCAUAUAAAAGAGGAAAGGAUAUAGAAGCAAAACUUUUUGGAUCCUCAUACCUACAAUGGUGUCCAAUUGUGGAUCGUUUUGUUCCUAUGACCGUUUACCCGUGUAUAUGAGUCCAUGUGCUGAUGAGUCGGUGUUUUUUCUCAUCAGGCCUGGAAGGCCAGUCGGAAUGGGCAUCUCCCGCGUACGCAAACGAAGACGAGAAGCCUGCUGCUCCUGUUCCUGUUACCGAUGCCAAGCCUCCUGCGCACGACAGCAUCCCCGCCGCCACCGCCGACGACGAUGACACUGGUGCUCCCUUGUUCGCCAAGGUCCUCUUCUUUGGUGUAUUAGUUCUAGGUCUCGUUUUGUAUAUUCGCCUUCGUCGCGCCCCUAAGGGUACGUACGGAAAGGGCAUGGAGUAGGCAAUAUCUCGAAUAUUUGAAAUCUGACAAGGCUGCAUAACAGGUAGCUAUCAGGGUCUGGGCGGGCGUGAGUAGCCCAGACGAGUAUUGUUGAAAGGGAGAAGAAAAAAAAGGAUCAAAUCAUGGGCAUAAAUGAAAUCAUCGGAUAGUUCGCUUUUAUUCCCAUGUAUAUCAGUCGCGGUAAUGGUUGUGAUGGUUGCUUCGGCGAUGUAGUGGCGUGUCUGUAAGUCGAAGCAUAAAAGUAGCAUCACGUGGAUCCAUUUUUAUCCGUUCGAGUCGCUGGGAUAUCGAA